AUGGACCGCGUUUCCAAUGUCCGCAACAUGUCGGUCAUCGCACACGUCGACCACGGAAAGUCAACGCUUACAGAUUCCUUGGUAUCUAAAGCUGGUAUUAUUUCUCCAGAGAAAGCUGGUGAAACACGGUAUACUGAUGGUCGUAAGGACGAACAAGAUCGAUGUAUUACAAUAAAGUCUACUGCUAUUUCAAUGUACUUUGAAUUGAAUGACGAAAAUCUCCAGGAUGUAAAACAAGAGAUAGAUGGUAACGAAUUCUUGAUCAACCUAAUUGAUUCUCCUGGGCACGUUGACUUCUCUUCUGAAGUUACUGCUGCUCUUCGCGUUACUGAUGGUGCUCUGGUUGUAGUAGAUAGUGUUGAGGGUGUUUGUGUACAGACUGAAACUGUCUUACGUCAGGCUCUUACUGAACGUAUUAAACCGAUCGUUAUUAUUAACAAAGUUGAUCGUGCUUU